AUGAUCGUUGGACCUCUUGACAAGAACAUGCUCUCCUACAGUGGAGGAGUACUAGGACUAAUUGUUCUCAUUCUUGACCUUAUUGUCAUCUUUGAAGUCAUCAACUCUAGCCGCGCUAUAUCCGGAAAGCUUGGCUGGUCUCUUUUGGUCUUUUUCUUCCCCAUCGGUGGUCUUGUUCUUUACUUUAUUUUCAGUAACCGUGCUGCCCACACUCAACGCUAUGACCCGAUAGCUUAA